CCGUAGGAGAGGAGUACAUCGCGCGAAUAUCAAAGGCGAAUUGCGAAUUAAUGGCCGGUAUCAAUUCGGGAUCCUUCACGGUAAUAGUCAAAUUACCGAUGCGUUCGUUGUACAUGCCGAAGAUCUUCGAGAAACUCUGCGCACAGAAAAAUUCCACGUUCAAUUCGGCGAACUUCCUCACCACGUAGGCGUCUGUGUUCACAUCGCCGCUGGCCAGACCUUGAUAGGUGCAAUCGAAGAACGGAAAUAUCCUCUUGGAGACGAACAACUGGGCCACCUCGUCCCAUUGGGACUCGGUGGGAUCGAUGCCGGUGGGAUUGUGGCCGCACACCUGCAGCACGAUCACCGAAUUGUCCUCGGCGUUGCGCAGGUCCUCCAGCAUGCCCUUGAAGUCCAGCUUGAUGGUCUUGGUGUCCAAGUAGCGGUAGCAGCGCCACGUCUUGAAGCCGGCGCACGCGAAGAUCCUGUCGUGGUUCUCGUAGCCGGGAUUCGACGUGUAGAAGGUGUCUUUGGCCGUGUGCCUGACCAGGUAUUCGGCGCCGAUGCGCAGCGCGCCCGUCGACCCGUAGCUCUGCACGCCGAUGUAUUUGUUUUUGAUGAUGGCCGGCGAUGUGUUGCCCAGCAGCAGAGUAACGGCGGCGUUGGUGAAGGACUCCAUGCCCAGCGGCGUGAGGUAUUCGAGGUUGAGGGAUUCGUCUUUGUGGUAGACUCGUUCGGCGUGUUUUACUACUGGUAAAACGUACGGUUCCCCUUCGUCCGUUCUGUAAUUCCCUAGAGUUAGCAAUACCUUUUUAUUGAAGGGGUCCUGCGUGAAGGUCUCUCUUAGAUAGUAUAUUUCCACCGGAUGGGCGGUCGGGAUGUUAUCGAAAAAAGACAUGCCUACGAAACUGUGAAGCGACGUGACAGAAACGUCAUUUGUAAAUAUAAAAUAUGUCCGUUUUCGAUAAUAUCCCAAUAGCGAAACCCGUUCAAAUAUUCUACCUCAGAGACAGGUUCGUGGAGGACCCGUGCGAGAACAAGGUUUUGUUGAGCAUCGGCGGUUAUAGAACGGAAGAAGGCGAUCCCUACGUUAUGCCGGCGGUUAAAUACGCCGAUAAAAUCAUCCACAUGGACGAAUCCAUCGAAAACGUGAUCGCGACGCCGCUUGGAAUGGAAUCGUUCUCGAACGCCGCCGUCACGCUACUGCUAGGCAACAAAUCGCAGGCCAUCAUCAAGAACAAGUACAUGGGAGUGCAAUGUUACUCGUCGAUCGGCGGGCUGAGGAUCGGCGCCGAGUUCUUGGCUAGGUACAUGGGCAAAGAGACCUUCUACAUAUCGGAUCCGAGCUACGAGAACUACGAGCGGAUCUUCCGCUGCGCCGGCUUCAAGACGAUGAAAACUUUUCGUUAUUUGGACGCCAAGAACCUCAAGUUGGACUUUAAAGGUAUGAUGGAGGACCUGCGGAACGCCGACGAGGAUUCGGUGAUCGUGUUGCAGAUGUGCGGUCACAAUCCGACCGGAUUCGAUCCCGACGAGCUCGAAUGGGACGAGCUGGCGAGUUUGUUCGCCAACAAGAGGAUAUUCCCGUUCUUCGAUUGCGGCUACCAAGGAUUGGCCACCGGCGACGUCAACAAGGACGCCUACUCGGUGAGGAAGUUCGCCGAAUUGGACGUGGAGUUUUUCUGUUCGCAGGGUUUCUCGAAGAUCUUCGGCAUGUACAGCGAACGCAUCGGCAAUUUGACCAUCACCGUCAAGGAUACGGAUUUGAUACCGAUUAUUAGGUCGCGAAUGGCCGCUCUCAUCAAUUCCAUGUAUCUAGCGCCUCCCAUCAGGAGCGCCAGAAUAAUCGCGUACAUUUGCAACAACAAAUCCUUGUAUAACCAAUGGUUGAACAGCAUCAAGGAGAUGGCGUCGCGCAUGAAGAGGGUGCGCCUGCAGCUGAAGGAGGUGCUCGAUAGCAUGCAAACGCCCGGCUACUGGGAGCACCUGGUCGAGCAGGUGGGCUGCUACUCGUACACCGGUCUGUCGGCCAAGCAGGUGGAGUACAUGAUGAUGAAGCACCACGUGUACAUGCUGUCGUCGGGACGGAUGUGCGUCGGCGCCAUCGGCCAGUGGAAUUUGUACCAGGUGGCCCGGGCCAUACACGACGUGACGAUCCAAUUCGGCGACAACAUCCGUCGUACUAGUUGUUGAGAAUUAAUUUUAUAGCCAAUUGUGUUUUUGAUUUUGUU